GCAGCUCUGAAGACUCAAGUUAUUUCCUCUGCAUCUGGAGAAAUCGUCCAGAAAGAAGACUGAAUGAUAAAAGUCACUAAAUUCUGAAGCAGAUCAGCUAUAUCAAAUGCUUUUAAUUAGUUUAACUUGAACCCUGAACUUUCACUAAAGACAGUUGUACUUUGUAACCUCCUCAGCAGAUAAACAGAGGAUCUGGAUUCUUCUCAUUUUGUGGCUGUGGACUGAAACAAGGACGGAUCUCGAAGGACACAAGGCCGUCCUGGUUCUCCACAAACUCCCCCACUUCCUCAGGCUUCUCCUUCAGACUCUGAUCGCUGCUGAUAUCAUGGAUUUGGUUGUGGUUGUAUCUUCAGGAUGCACAGUAACCCAGUCACCCUUAUCAGGGUUUAGCACCAGCUGGCCCUUCAGGGCACACCCGCAUCUUCCCACAACAUCAAACCCAGACUUGCUGCUGAUGUCCACCUCCCAGUGAGGCCUUCCAGAGGUCACGCUGUUGACCCCAGGACACUGCCCAACAUGUCCAACCUGUCAGCAGGAGGGAGAACUCCUGUGUUUUUUUUCUUCACUGUCUCUCACGUUCUUCAAAAAGAAGAGGCUCUCUUGUUGUUUUUGAAGAAGUGAAACUUCAUCAGUGAACGAAUGUUUGGCUCCAGGAGAUAAAAAAGGAGGCAGAUCACAGCUGAGUGUCACUCCAGCAGAGAGACGCAGAUGCCGUCAUGGCUGACAGGAGGAUUCCCCAGGAGAAGGAGGGAGGCACGUCUGAACCGGAGUCAUCCAGAGUCACCACACAAAGGAACCGUCCAUCUCCAGAGCCCACAGAAGAGGAAAGAGGUCCAUCAGCUGUUGAUACUCCGCAACCUGGAACCGCCGGUGAAUCAGACCAAUCUCAACAAGCACUGGACUUCUUCACUGAGGAACAGCAGGCAAAGCAAGAAAGGCUGAAAGCUGAUUUAAAGCAACAGAUUCACAUCAGAGAGCAACGGAAGGUGGAAGUCAGAUCAUCAGCAGCUGACUGUCAGGGCCGUCUGGAUGCUGAAUGGCUGCAAAUCAACAGCGUCUUCUCAGAUGUGAUUAAACUUGUUGUUGAUGCUCGUCAGAAAGCCCUUCAGCCUCUGGAGGACAGGAAAAGGGAAGUGGGGAAAGAAGCUGAAAGAAUUGUUCAGAAAAUCCAAAGAGAAAUUGAUACAUUUGAAAAAGCCAUUGGAGAAUUGAACAACAACCAGGUUUCCGCUGCAACAAACCUGGUUGAAUCUAACAAAACUGAAGAGAGCAGCGUGGAUACUUCACUCUCUUUUGGUACUCUCAGAGCUGCAACUUCAACCAUGAUGAAUCAGAUUCAGCAGGAACUGGAAAAGCUCACUUCUGUUGAACUGAAGAGGAUUUCAACAUUUGCAGUGGAUGUGAAGCUGGAUCCGACCACUGCCCAUCAGAACCUCGAUGUUUCUCCUGAUGGGAAGCAAGUCAGAGAUGGUGGAAAAAACUCUGGAGUUCCUGACACUGCUGAGAGGUUCGACAUGUUGGGCAGCGUCCUGGGGCUCAACGGCCUGACCUCUGGAAGGGCUUACUGGGAGGUGGACGUCGGCCGCAAGUCCGGCUGGGAUCUUGGUGUGGCAAAACGCAGUGCCAACCGCAAAGGCCAGCUGGAGCUGAACCCCGAGGAGGGUUACUGGGUUAUUGUUCACUAUGAAGAUAUAAUGUACGCAGCCAUGACGGCACCGCCUGUCAGAAUCAGUCUGAAGGAGAAGCCUAAGACAGUGGGGGUGUUUGUAGAUUACGAGGAAGGACUUGUGUCCUUCUACGAUGUCAAAACUCAGUCUCACAUCUAUUCUUUCACUGAGUGCUUGUUUGGCGGCGAGAUCCGUCCUUAUUUCAGUCCACACACACAAAAUGAGAAGAAUUCAGAUCCUCUGUUUAUCUGUGCUGUGUAGCUGCUGAAGAGGUUAAAAAGUAGAACUCUGCAAUUAAAAAACAGAUGUUUUAAAGCGUUUGAUGUGAUUGACCUGCUUUAGAUGAUGGGCGUUUUUCUCAAGAUGUGCAACGUAAAUACAGUGUUUUAUCAAAGAAAACAUAAUAGUACCUUCAAAACAUUAUCCUUGCAAUCGCUUGCUGUGAAUUGAAAAAAACAUGACUGACUUUACUGCAGAUGAGUUUUUCUCUUUUUAUUUGUUUUAUGCCAUUAACACACAGAGCAAUGCAAAGUGCUUCACAAAAAUGAAGAACUGAAUGAAAUUACAAUAAAAUCAUAAACAUAAGACAUCAGAUUGUGCCAGAUUGGAAGUUUGAAUUUACUCCUGCUCAGAGAUAUUGACCUUUGAACUUUCGCUUUGGUGCUUCUUUUAAAGCUUCUAUUUUCAGUUUCAUUUUAAUAAAGAAUCCAAAGGAGCAUGUUCCUCAACAAUCUAAACUCCUAAAUGUACUUAUUUUGUUUAUUUCACUCUUCUAUUGAGCGAAAAGGGGUAUUUUGAAGAUAGAACUACAACUCCUUAUAGUCUCAUGAUACAAAUCCAUUGACCAAGUCAUAGAUUUUGUAGUUCUUUCUGGGGUUUGAAUGUAGGGUUACAUUUAUGAGUUUAUGAACGCCAAUAAAAUAUAUGAACAGCUGAACAUACUACUGGUAAAGUGUAUUGUGUGUCUUAUGAAUUGACUGUGAUGAAGUACGUCGCUCUGGAUUUAUUUCUGUGAUUUGUAGCCCUGUCCGCCAAUUCUCGCGAGAUCUUGUUUUCUCGUGAUACCGCCAAUUCUUCCCCCAAAUUAAAAAGUUUUUGUCUGUUGACAGUCCGUAAGAUGAUUUUUGGCGCAGGGCCCCAGACAGAUGUGGAACAUAUAUAUACCAACACAGAUGGUACAUACACCUGCCAAACAGAUCGACGUAUGCGGCGGGUUAUUGAGUCUAUGGGACCACCCGGUUGUCAGUCCGUGUUGUUGUCACUACAGUUCCCAUAAUUCUUUGCAACCUGGUCACAUGAGCAAACAACCUCUGCUUGCUUGUAGCUAAGCUAGUCAGUACAAACAGAAUGGGAAACAUGAAGCUCCAGGCGCAUUGUCCACCUCUAACCUGUCAGUCACCAUAAUCACACAGUCUGUCCUCCAGUCUCCCAACUGGGGAGCACGGCGGGCGGCUGCACAGCAGAGCCAGCUGAAGCUGCUUUACGAGGCAGCUGGCAGCCAAUGGGUUACACCAGUCGUGUCCGCGCCCUGCGCUGCAUGGAGCGUCCUCAGUUAAACUCGCUUUGAUGUGUCGCUUUACUCACUAUUGAACACAUUUCAACCAAGAAUGGAACCACUUAGAUCGCCAAUAUGUAUUUCGCUCAUACAGAAAGUGGAUGAAUUUUUUUCUCCCCUUUUAUAUUGGAAUGGAUACGAUCGCGAUGUUUCCAGAAUGUUACUGUUCAGCAGUG